AUGGAGAUAAUCGCCGGUCUGAAGUCCAACAAGCUGAAGCCGUUCAUCGACAGCAUGAACGAGCCCCCGGUGAUGAAAUAUCUCUCCACCGCCCUUCUGUAUUCCGAAUACGAGUGCGCGCUUGCUCGCGCUCUCGCGAUGCCGGAAUGCCCGGUGGUGCCAUUCUUCGGGGCCUUCCUGCGCGAGCUGCGGAAAGUUAUGAAGUGCGAUGUAAAGCCCCAGCCCGAGUUCAAGGAAAAUCGCGAGUCACCACGUGCUAUCAUUAAGGAGAGCGAACCUCAAGAACACGUGCCUUCCUCUGCGCCGGUCGCCAGGAUCGCCGUUGAGAGUAACACAGAGACACCGUCGGGAUGGAGUUCGAGAAGCCCAUUCUUGAACAAACCGGAGAACCCCACCAUCGCACCAGCCCACGAUAUAAAUUCCGUUCUCGACAAAGUCACGCUCUUCCACAAGCAUCGACAUGCUCGUGGAAGAGACGCGACCACCGGUUCCCUUCAUCGCAUCAUGAGCGUUCACACGACCGCGAUCGAGCAAACCUACAUGGCGGAGGAAUGCGACGAGAAUGACUAUCAUCUUGAUUUGGACUCCUACAAGCCUGUGGAGCCGCUCAAGAACGACCACGGAGUCUCUUUGUUUCCUGUUGCCGCGCCACACACCGGCAUGGAUCUUCAUCUCCUGCAGGUGCUACAUCAUGGUACGACUUUAGUGCAUUGGGACUGCGAGGGUGGUACCUCGAGGACGGCAUUGGUGUUCGCGCGCGUCGAUCGCGCUUGUGGCACCUUCGUGUGGGAGAAGCCACCUUGGAGUCCCCUGAAAACGGGGCAAGUUGGCGGUGCCACCCUCACAGAGUUUUCGCUAAGCACGAACCCGGAAGACGCGUUACCACCGGGCCUAGUCGGCAGGUACACGCAGCAGCAGGCUGACUGCGCUUCUAUCACUUUGGAAGAGGGAUACCUCGACCUGGGAUCGGUUAAGGAGAUAAUGAUCGGCUGUUACGACCGCGAUCGAGAGGCUGAUCUGAGGAGCAUCUGCAAGAGAUACGGCCUACCUGACUCCGACUGCUGCAUCGGCCUCAUGUAUGGCUCCAAUCUUCCGGACAAUCGACUGAUCUUCCUACUUUGCCCUCCCGCCCUUAGCAAAAUAUGGUACAUGGGAUUGUGCUGGAUAUUGCGAGGCCUCAAACGACAACAACAGUUAACAGAUCGUAGAUCGCGCUGGUUGAAAGAAAAAUAUCUCCAAUUAUACUAUUCUUACUUGGAUCAACCGACGGAAGGCUUGGAACAGCCGACGACAGCCGAUGCUAUUCGCAUUUUCGGCGGUCGCGACUGGUACAUGACGGAAAGUGUCGGGACGCUGUCUCCAACGAGCAGCAGCACUCUACGCAGACGAAAUGUUAAAGGCAAAAAGACAAAAUCGAUCGGCAACAUUCAUGCUUUAACCAAGGAUUUGAGCAUAAAAUACGAUUCCUCGACUUCGGAUGGAGGUCUAUGCGCUACACCUCUUCGUCACAUCACGGGAAGCAGAGAGUCUUUAACGAGGAUUCUGCCAGCGUCACCGAGAGCAAGUCGAGACCGAAUCCCGCCACGUAGCCCGCCCGGUGUCGGCGAUCGUAUCACUUCCAACUUGCCUUACUCCGCUUUUCAAAGUUUAUUUUGUGUUGCCAGAGAAAAGGACAAGAACGGGUCCGGUAGUAUAGCAGGAGGCUUGGAAGCACCUUGGCAAAUGAAAGCGCGCACUACUGAUAUAAUGUACGAGACGCAAUUGAACUUCGUGGAGUUCGUCGCGCUUUUCCGAUCGUUCAGUUUACGAGCCAGAAAAGAUUUGCGUGAUUUGUUCGGCCAAUUAGCGAUAACAUGUCGUAGCCAGAGUGAUGGAUCGUUAAGAGAUUUUAAUAUUCGCCCAGUGGUGCUCAGGCAGACCAGCGACGCUACUCCACAAAGAAUUGGCUUGUUGACGAGAAACAACUCUAUUGAUUGUCACGAAUACAAAACGGGCAGCAAUCUACAAAAGAAACAAAUUUUCGAUGCCGUUGCUGCGGCAAGUAUAGUCAAUAAUUGCUCGGGCGUGGACACGUCGAAAUCCCAAGUGAUCACUCUGGCAACAUUCACGAAAUUCCUGGAAUCUCGGCAGCAAGAAAAGUUGAGCGACGAAGAAAUCAAGGCGUUGAUCAAGAGGCACGAACCGGACCCGGCACUUCGCACACAGUGGUGUUUGUCUUUCGAGGGUUUUGCACGAUAUAUGAUGGACAAGGACAAUUACGCCUUCCCGAACGAGUAUGCGACACCGUCCGAAACCGAGAUGCAGCAGCCAUUGUCGCAAUAUUACAUUGCCAGUUCCCACAACACAUAUUUAACCGGACAUCAACUCAAAGGAGAGUCUUCCGUACAACUGUAUUCGCAGGUGCUCUUAACCGGAUGUCGCUGCGUAGAACUCGACUGUCAUGACGGUGACGAUGGAUCCCCGCUGAUUUAUCACGGUCACACUUUCACUACAAAAAUACCAUUUCGCUCGGUCGUGGAGGCGAUCGAUCGAAGCGCCUUUGUCAGUUCCCCCUAUCCCGUAAUCCUUUCCAUCGAGAAUCACUGUUCGACAAAUCAGCAAGCUCGCAUGGCUCAAAUCUUUCAGUCUGUUUUUGGCGAGAAACUGGUAACGAAAUUUCUCUUCGAAUCCGACUUCAGUGACGAUCCUCAACUACCCUCGCCUUCGCAGCUUCGUUAUCGAAUCUUGGUAAAAAAUAAGAAGAUGGUGGUCGACCCUGUCGGCCCUUUGUCACACACGCCCGUCAGUCAUCGCGGGAAGAUGCUCAUGUCGGAUCGCGCAUCCUCCAUGAAACAGAUGCGAACCGACAUAAGCAGCACAUCGGUCGUCGAAUACUUUAGCGAGGACGAAGACGACGAAGAGGACGACGACGAGGAUGACAACAUCGAUGAUAAUUCGAUUUCAAGCUACGAGAGAUAUCUGGGUGGCGGCCAAGUGCCGCAUGGUCGUUUGAAAUCGGAUUCAGGGAUGGAUGACAAGACGCAAAAACAGAGCAGCCAGAUAGCCAAGGAGCUGUCGGACUUGGUGAUUUAUAUGCAGGCGAUUAAAUUCCGUGGGUUAAAUACCAUGCCAGUCGUACUGGGAAAAAUACGUCAUCCGUCACAUACGGGGCCAGUUCAGAGGCACAGCAUUGCCGGUAUAGGACCCAGCAGUGUAGCUUCCUCAUCAGGAUCACCACAAUCGCUUUCCACGUCCGCUUCAAUCGCGAGCGGCGGCAGCAAUAUUGAUAAUAUCUUCAGAUCCACUCGCGGCCUUGCCAUGCCGGCCUGCUUCCAAUGUUCAUCUAUAAACGAGAGCUCGGCAAAGAAGAUCUGUAGGAAGCAGCCGUUAGGUGUGAUUGCCCAUGCAGAAACGCAACUCAUUCGAACGUAUCCUGCAGGAAUGCGUAUUGAUUCCACAAAUUUCAAUCCUGUAAUAUUUUGGGCUUUUGGAAUCCAAAUGGUCGCACUAAACUAUCAAACCGAUGACGCGGGAUUAAAUCUAAACUCAGCCAUGUUCGAGCAAAGCGGUCAAUGCGGAUACGUUAGAAAACCAUCAGUAAUGUGGGACAAGGGACACAUGAUGUACAGGCGAUUCAACCCUUGGGACAAAGAAUUCGACGGGCUACAUUCCGCGCAUUUGAGUCUAUCAAUAGUCUCAGGACAAUACGUCUCGGUUACGAACUUCGUCACCAGCACCUACGUCGAGAUCGAGUUGGUCGGUAUACCGAUCGACUGCGCAAAGCACAAAACAAAGGUGAUCCAUAACAAUGCAGUGAAUCCCAUCUGGAACGAAAAAUUCUGCUUUCAAGUGAUGUUCAAGGAUCUCGCUUUCCUGCGUUUCGGUGUUAUCGAAGCGAGCUCUCAUCACGUGAUUGCGCAACGCGUUAUACCGCUCAAAUGUCUACGACCCGGCUACCGACACGUACGAUUACGAUCCUGCAAGAACAAACCGCUAGCCCUUUCUACGCUCUUCAUCUAUUCUCGCUUGGAGGAGGAAAGCUUGGACUAUAACACCUGCUGCCGCGAUCACAAGGAGUCAUCUAAGCGUCUCGUGUCGAGCAAAGAACCUGAGAAACUGAGCACCGUUGAUCCCGGAUCUUUGGGUGGCGUCACCUUGAAGAGACGAAUGUUCUUUUUGAUGGUCUACCACGUGAUACCGGACGAGCCAUACACCAUCCUAAAGGUUACCCAGGAGAGUACUACGCAAGAAGUAAUGCUGCAGGCAUUGCAGAAAGCGGGGAUAUCGCCGAAUCAUGUGGAUGAAUACAUCUUGGUGGAAGAAGUAUCCCGCGGAUGGGAGAAAAGGGACAAGGAAGAGUUACCGACUCAACGCGUGCUGGAUCCUACGGAACAUCCCCUUCAGGCACAGGCCCUGUGGAAAGGACAAGGUCGCUUCCUACUGAAACGAGUAGGCGAUGAUCCAAGCAGUAGGGCGUGGCUCGCCUCUAUCAGGAGCACGGCUGGUCACUCGAAACUCGAUUCCAACACGAAGGACCAAUCUACUCACAUAUGGGACGAGGCAGACACCUUUUUGGUCUGCGUCUACAAUGUCUCACCGGAGAUCCCUUAUGCGAUUCUACGCGUGCCGAUAAGCAGCUCAGCGCAGGAUGUGCUGGCGCAAGCUUUGAUAAAGGCCAGAAGAAUGGAGAACCCGUCCAAGUUCGCUCUGGUCGAGGAACUGGAAUGGGGUGGCGCGGGCGCGGUCGGGAGCGGAAAUCGUCAGCUAAGAGUAUUGAGUGACGACGAGAAUGUUUACACCACGCAAGCCUUUUGGAAGACACUUGGAAGAUUUAUUCUCAGAGAAAGAGAGCAAGCCAUUCCGAGACGGAAUUUAUUGCCCGCGACCCUCGACCGACUCAGCAAGGGAUUUUCCGUGGGCAGAUCGGUAUCCCUGCCAGGAUCCAGCAAAGAAAAGGUGCCUGUUUCGGAAGCACUGUCUGACCCUACGGCCUCUUCUAGAGGCCUGAGACAGAGGCUAUUGAUGUCGGGACGUAGACGAGAGGUUCACUCUGACGGGGAAGACACGCGCGAGUCCGACUUGCUGAAUGCCGCUUUCCAUCUGAAAAAGGUCUCGUUCAGAAAACUGAUGAGCUGGAAGUCAUAGUGGCAAUCAAGGGCGACAUCGAUAUCAUCGAUCCUCGCCGCUCGGAGAAGUCACCUGUAAGCUCGUAGUUCAAUUACUGUAAUCAGAAUCUAGUUCUGAUCUUGCGAAACGUUUCCCAUGCCAACGAUCCUGUCGAAGUGCGAUCUCAAACCAAAAUAAGAGCUUGAGAGGAUCAAAAAAUUUCACUUUGUGGAAAAUUUACGUUAUACUAGCGUCAUGAACGCUCGAAGAAGUUAGAAUCUUUAAAUCGUUAAGUCGAAUGAUAAGAGUCAUGGUACGGUCCAGAAUAGUUAAAUGCCUAUCACGAUAUUGGAGAAAUAUCAGACAGUGUGUUUUUAUCAUUUGAUCACACACGACAAAAAAAUACGAUAUCUGCAAUGGGGAAAAGGAAAGGGAAGAAUCGGAAUGACUUUUUGAAAAACAUCAAUGUCUGGAAAACAAACGCGCGACAUUCUUAAACUCGCGAUUACGCACGCAAUUUUCUCCGUGAUAUUUGGGGCGAAAUAUCGGACGAACGAAAUCACUAUCGCUGCAAAAAGCAACUUCGGCGAAUCGAAUAUUCCCAAGAAAAUAGAAAACGAUACCGAGAUGAAGAUUAUUACGCCGCCAUUUUCAAAGAUUUUUCAAGAGUUUUAAAGAGUAUAGCAUAUCUGAUGUAACGACGUAGCACAAUCAUUAAGUGGCAAAGCGACGAUUCUUGAAUCCCCUUAAGUUUGAUUGAAAGCCAAGCAUCAUAUAGAUUUCGUUACGUGGCAGUAAUAAAUUCGUAUAUCAGUCGAUGUCGUAGCUGCCGCGUUCGACAGAGACGCGCUGGCGCGUCGUAAAAUGAAUUAAAUGCCACGCGUCGCGCCUGAUUUUAUUAUUUUUGUACAACGAAAGAAGAAGGGAGAUUGCACCGGGCGAUCUCUAAUUUUGCCAAACGACGAUUCUAAGUGAUUCUAGAUCCAUUCGCGACACAUUCGUAAUAUUUAGACGUAUCGGAAGUGCUUCCCUAUUUGAACGUGUUUCCGUUUGAAAUACAUCGGAUUCACCGUUGUCUAAUCGAUAUAUCGUAUCUCCAAGAAAAUUCCGCAGCUUCACGUGACUUCUCGUCAUUCGUAAGCGUUUCAUCUUUAUCAUUUACGUCGUACCUGAGGUUUUCCAUUGAUACAAGGGCUACCGCUUUCGCGCGAGAGCUCCGUAAUAAAGUUAUAUAUCGCUGUUAUCGCACUUUGUUUGUUCGCUCUAUUAAUGUUAACAAUUUCUUUCUGCAUCUAGUCGACCAUGUGAUAAGGAAAUUGAGUAUAAAAUCCAAUGACGCAUCGUAAUGUAUAUUGGGAGUUGCUACUUAAAGAUCAUAUUUACUAUAUAUUGUUAACGCUAGAGGGUAGAUCGAUGUUGCAUUCUCGAUUACCGUCCCUCUCUCCUGACUGUUUUAGCGAGCGUAUGUAUACGUAGAUUGUAAAUACGAGACCAAGGAGUGUCGAUGGAGUGCAAAACCGCGUCCGAAUGUACGCUAUCGCUCUAUUCAAUUAUUUUUUCACAUGACAAGGCAUUCGCGCGUCGACGAGCCUCGUCGCACACUCGAAGCCGACAGCCUAAUUUUAAUGGAAAAUAAUUUCGCUAAUAAUGCUAAUUAAUUAAUUAAUGAGGAACAAUAUGGAAUCUGACGUCGCAAACCAGUGAGGUCGCGAAAUAGCCUUGCCCCGUCUUCCAUAUCCGAAUCAUUCUAGAUAUUUUAUAUUUUUUCGAGACGACGAUAUUUUAUAUUUUUUCAGACUGAAAAAUCUCCUUUUAGGUGAAUCUGUAUGACACGAAAAACGCCGGGAUUUUUCAAUGCUGUGAGAAAAAUAUAUGUGAGAUAUGUAUACACUAGUCACAUAUCCUACCCCGAGAUCGUGCUUCGCGACGUCACUGAGGACACUAUAUAUUUUUGGAUACCACUUUCCUUCCUUAUCCUUCAUCUCUCCGAAAAUAUGUAAUCACAUAUCCACAUAAGAGACCAAAUGGGCGAGACAGAUAAACGAAAUAAGAAACGAGGAAUAAACACGCAGGCCAAUUACAUUUGUACACAUGUCCUUGAGUAAGUAAAAAGAAUAGAAUAAAAGAAACGUCAUUUCGAUAGAAUAAUCUCUACAUAAGAGAGGCAUUAUAGUGCAUUCCCAAAACGGUUGUUCUAUCUGUUAGCCGUGAAGAAGAAAGAUAAAAAUAAUUUGAUUGGUCCAAUUUGUAGAUCAAAUCACCAAAGAAAAGCAAGAUCUAAACCAAUUAUCGUUAUAGCUUUACGAUUGCAAUCGUAAAGCACUUUCGCAAAUAUGCACUGAUCAACAUUUAAUUUAUGAUAUAUUUAUCAACUAUAUUUGACAAUAUUACAAGCGGUAAGAUAAUCAUACAUCCCAUUCUUUCGAAAAUGAGUUUUCCGUUGCCUCGACAAUGUUUUUGGAACAAUGUUAUUUAUAGAAGUACUUUUCUCAAUUAAUAUAUUAUAAUUUUCUUUUUUUAAUUUUGUCUUUUCUGACAAAAAUAUUCUAUACUAUAGAAAUAUAAAAAAUAUAUUUAUCUCUUUGCCUUUCUUCUGUUUUGAUCACCUUACGUAUGCGAGUGACUGCGAUGCGUUCAAAUCUUUCAAAUGUUAGCAAACGGAAGACAAAGUAGCGCAACAGCUUGGCAAGCGCAACAAGUACACGUAUUUCCAUCACCGCGUGUAAUUUACUAAAAAAUAAGCGAGAUCAAAGUACAUCCUGGUACACCACAACAGUAUUUACCUAAUACGUAGCAGCAUCCUCAAGGAACAUUAUGUACAUAGCAGUAACGAACAAUGGCUACUAAUAACGUUAAUUAAUUACUGUAAUAAAUAUUCGACGCUCCUUGGACCUCCGAUUAAACCCCCUUAUCAAGAAGAUCAUCGAUUGUAAAAGGACAGUGUCUAUCAAGCGUUGCAUUUCGAUUGCAACAGUUGUAACCAUUCGUUGUUGUGCCACCGCUGGGCAAAUGAGUUGCGUGCAAUUACCAAAUUCGAAACUUUCCGAAAGCACGGACGUCGUCGACAAGACAUUACCUCCCGUAAAAUCAUGAUGUUAAACAGUUUAAUAAAGGAAAAUCACAAUUACGAAUUCACUUCAUUAUGUAAUUUUGAUUUCAAUACCAAAAUUCGCGAAAACCUUAAUAUUUUGUUAUAAUUACAAGAAUUAUAUAAGUUAUAUGGAUUAUACAAGAUUAGAUUAUCUCUACAUCAUUAAAUUCGAACCGCAGAUAAGAUAAAUGAUAACGAUACGCUAUUCAUUCUAGACCAUUUAAUUUAAUUCAUUAAUAACUAUCUCAUCGACAUGCAUAAUAUAAAAUAUUUAUUAUCUAUUAUCAUUUAGUAUCGUUAUUUAUUAUAAAGAGGUAUUAUUAUCAUUUAUUAUCGUUAUUUAUUUUAUAAAAACUUGAAUCAAGAUGUUUUAACGCCGAAUCAAAUAGAAUUGAAUUUCUUUAUUCGAAUUCAAAUCAAACCGAAUCAAAUCGUUGAAACACAAUUCACAACGUAUUUAAUCUUACUUAUAUUUAGUUAUUAUAUUUAUAUAUUAACUAUUGUAUUUAAUUAUGCUAAACAAAUUAUUAGGUUAAAAUUUGAGACAAUAACGAAAAAAGAUUAUCAUGUAAGAAAAAUAAUAUUGAUUAUAUAAUGAGGAAGACAUAAUGUUAUUUUUAAUGGUACUUUAUAAAAUUGUUAGUAUAUAUAAUUCAUAUUAGAAUCUCUUAGAUUUGAAAUUUUCGAGUAGUUUGGAUUUAAAUUGUAGAAAUUCAAAUCUGAAUCAAAUCAAAUCUGAUUUGAAUAGUUCACACAUUUCUAAUUUAUUAUUUAACUUUGGAUAGAAAUUAUCCCACAAUAAUAAAUAAAACAUAUUUUUUGUACUUUUUCUCAAAAAUGAAGUAGAAAAUAAAAAUCGAUGUAUAAAACGGAAUGUUGUUCUAUGUAACAACGCGUUGACGGCGUUCAUGCUCGACGAUAUUUCAAUCUUUCGUUCGUCAUCUUCUUUUUUCAAGAUUGACUCCAAAGAACUCGAGCAUUUAAGAUGACUUAUUAUGAGCGGUGCGCACACGCGAAACGAUUACUUCUUAAUAUUUUUGGGACCACUCUGAUUAAGGACACUACCGAGCGAGCUCUCAGGAGCCGAUCCUAAAUGUAAACAGUACCAGUAUUAAGACUCCUUGUUUUCUUCGUCGGUCGAGAACAUGGACCUCACGGAGAAAGUAGGAGAAAGGAAGAAAAAAGAGCGUGAAGAAUAUGAGAAAUGGGCAGAACGACAGAAACCGAACGGGAGACUAUCCUCGAGAAGAUCGAACAAAAGGCCAAAAUAAAUGGAUGCUAAAGCUCAUUUUAAACAAUCUACAAUUCACGUCAAAAUUCGGGAUGGAAUUUAAUUCACAGUUUUGAGAAAUUGGAAUACAUUUACAUAUCUUUUAAAUCUCGUAGAGUAAAACGUUGCUCUAAAAAUAAAAAUAAAAAUUGCGCAAUUUUUCAAGUAAUAUGCCACUCUAAUAAAAGUCAAAAUUCACUUCUAUAAAGUAAAAAUUGAGUUUAUUUUCAAAUAAUUUUUUACUCUACGGACUUAGAGAGUAUAUAAACUUAUAAAUUGAAACACACACCUACGUCGAAAUAUACGCGAUAUAUAAAAUUAUAAAAAGAAAUCUAUUCUAAAAUCUGAUAUGAAUUAUAUACCGUUUAAAAUGGAUUUAAUGUCGGCCGGCCAUAUCCCUAAUUGUACAUAUCCGUGAUUCUUCGGUAGCUGUUACGUUAUUAAAAAAAAAAAAAAAUGCGCGUAA